AUGAACCAUAAAAAGAAAAGGUAACUAAAUUUUCAAUUAUCUAAAAAGGCAGUUAUGUGUACUUGCACUGAUAUUGUGAUUUGUAAGAUUACGGAAACUGCCAAAAACAAAUUAGAUUAUAUAAAGAAAUGUCUUAUUCUAGUUAAUCUGUUUUGGACUCUUUCAACAUAAUUUUACAAUGAAGACUUUACUUCCACAUGUAGUUAUUGCUUUCUAAAUAGGCUAGAAAUGAAAAUAAAUUUGUAAGUUAAAAGGUAGACCUAAAUUUAUUUAUCUUCUAAUAGAAGAGAUAAAUUGCUUAUUCAGAUAUUUACAGUCUAUAAUAAUAUUUAAAAAAAUUCUGAGAAAUCUCAUAAAAAUAAUAACUAGAAUUUAUAAUAAAACAAAUAAAAUUAAAGUUUAUAAUUUAAUAUUUAAGAAUAUUUUAAAACUAUUUUAUUUGUAUUUCUUUUAAAUAUAUUACUUUUCUGUCUGUAAUAAUUGAUUGAAACUUACUUGUUUAUCUAAAAAUAUAAAGUUAAAUUUAUAAAAAAUGCUUUCUUAUAAUUAUGA